AUGGCCGCCGUUCCUCUCUCCAACUCCCCCUCCAAACUCUUCGACGUAUAUACCGACAAUGCACCGAACCGCAACCUCUCUCCCAUGCCGCGCGGCGGUUGCAACUUUGUUGACCUGACUCCUGGUACUGCUGGCUCUCGCUGCGGCUGUCGCCGCUUCUGGAAGCUCCAUGCCACCGACAAUAUCGCGCCGGGUCAGGCCGGCUGGUGCAUGUGCAACCAUCAUGCCUGCUACCAUGACGAGCGCGCCCCGGACGAGCCUCGUGCGCUGGCGCCGCCCACCCCCGUCUUGGGUCAGGAAAACGAAAAGCCUAAACCUACAGGCCGCGAACCUCUCAGCCCUGUCAUCGAUUUUGCCUUCAAGGUCCCGCCCUCCAUUCCUGGUCUCGACAUGGCCAAUCUCUCCGCUGGCCCCCCGCCACCCUCCUUCCUCAACAACCCUCCCGAUGACAUGGAAAUGAUGACUGCCCCCAACAUGCCUCCUCCAGCUGCUCCUCCAGCUGCUCCAUCCAUUCCAGACACGCUCAACUGGGGCGAUUUUAUAAAUUCAGACAAUGAGCAAGGCGUUGCUCCUCACAUUCCACCACAAUUUCUCUUUUCUCAAAAGACAGCUUCAACCACGUCAUCACUGCAAAACAAAUACCUUCGCCCAUUCGCUGGCAAGGGCCUGCAUACCCUUGCCACCCGAAAAGAUCCGACGCAGUCGCCCCUGCGGCAAACGAGCAGAUCAAAAAGCCAAGUCACUCAGACAGCUCUUGUCCGCGCCGAGCAACCGCCUGGAACUCCGGUGACCGUUGCCUCCACGAUAGUGGAACCACGUGCCCUGGAACGCAAUCCAGCUUCCAGGGAAGGCUUCAAGAAUCUGACCGACGCCUUGUCUGGCCAUGAGCAGAGGCUAGAUAAGCUCGAGACCGGCUCAUUUGCUGCCGUUGCUGCCCACGACGACUGCGUAGACAAGCACGAACACUUGGACCUCCGCAUUACCGAUCUAGAAGGCAAGGUCGAGGAGCUAGAGAAAUUUACCAAUGACAAUGACACUGUCGUUAGUCGCCGAGAACGCAAUGACGACGAUGGAGCUACAGCCAGUAUAAUCUCGGCUACCACCAGUAUCAACACCCGCCCUGCGAACGCUCGUGAAUUUGCCAAUCAACUGCAAGCGCUUCAAUCACAAGUAUCGCAACUGCAUUCAUUUUUACCUUCCAUCAACAAUCCAUGGGAGGUGGAAGUCGUCUUUCUGCCCUUUCCGCUGAAAAAGGUAUGGCAGGACAUACACCAAUUCAAGCAAGAUCCCACCAUCAGCAACGACGACUGGACUCAGCUGCCACAGACCAACAGCGCCUCCAUGUUCCGCUCACAGUCUCCAGUGUUUGGUGACUGGGCCACGGCCGACCACGACGCCGAGUGGCUGCUACCUAAAGCCUGCGGUGAUAAGAGCGUCACCGAUAAGCGCCUUCGCAGUCGCGGUCUCGUCAAGACUAUUUCUGUCCACGGCCCCGAUGCUCGCAGCGUGCACAUGGCUGUUGUCUCUGCAUUUGGAAGCGUCUUCAACGAGAUGCAGAUGCUACCGCGACGGCAAGACACGGACCCCCGUUACGGCGGCUUCAUAGGCCUCCACUCGUCGUGGCUCCCACUGCGCAAGAUUCACCGCGACUCACGCCUCCGCUUCCUAAGCCCUGCGGAGAUGGUAACGCCCGCGUUGUGGGAUGUCCAGUUCCUCAGCUCCGUCAUGAUGCGGUCGUCUGAACCUAGAUUGUUCAUCACCCACCCGGACGCUUACCUACAAGACUACGUAGCCUACGAGGCCGGCUGGACCUGGCAGCGCGUCCGCGAGCUUACGCGCGUGUAUGCCGAUAUUGAUGAGUCUCAGCAGGUGCCCGAGGCUGACGCUCUCGAGGAGCACUGGACAUGGAGUGAGACAAUGGACGAGCCCCCCAACGUCAACACCUCUAUGAGCCUGCGGCAGUCGAGACAGCGCACCACAAUGUCGCCCUCACACGCUCGCUUCCCUCUCAUCGAACGCUGGCGAUCACAGAGUCCCGCUGUCAUCCGCGAACACACUCCCAUGACCAACCUCAACCGUUCCGCUGGCUCUCGAUCUUCCUCUCGCCAGCCGCCGCCGCCGCAUGGCCGCACCGCCUCCGUCCCUGUUGCCGCUGCCCGUCACCCGUCAUUCGACAACCAGCGCCGUGUCUCCAUGAACAGCCGUCGAGCUUCCCCUGCAAUGCGUGUCGCUGUUAGCGGCGGCAUCAUGAAGAAUGGCCGCGGCACGCGCUCCCCCAGCCAUCCUCUCUACACUCCGCGCUGGACACAUUCGCCCAGCCCCGUGCCUUGGGGUGGCCCGCAAGACCGUCAGCCCACCCGCGGCAUCACGCCGUUUGCCUACGCCACACCUUACAGCAACGCAGCCGCACCGCAGCAGCCAGAAAAUGGAUACCGGGCGCGCAGCGGCAGCGUAGUCCGCUUCGAGGUAGAUCAACCGUUCUACCGCCCUCGCGGCAGCAGCAGCCGUCCCGUAGCGGGCCCACCAAUGACAAUGGUGAUUGACGACGAUGACGACGUUAAAAUUUACAACAGCGAGUCGGACGAGGACUACGCGGACGAUGACGACGGGGACACUACCAGCGUGGACAUGGCGACGGACGCCCAACCACGCCCACUCCAGCCCAUCACAGGAUCGGGCUGGCCUGGCAUGCCAGAGGACGAGCCCUGGCCGGGGCUCGAAGAUAGGGGAGCCCCCCUGCAACGCUCGGCCGAUGCAGAGAACAUCGAUCCCAACUCGAGCGGAGAAAGGCCGGAGAGCCAACAGAGUAGUCAACCGAGCGAGUACCCAAGCACGCAGGUGAUAAAGCGAGACGAGGAUGAAGAUGAUGAUUUCCUGAUCCAUGAGGAUUAG